AGUACGCGUGUGCGGCGCCAGGAGAGGACAGCUCCGGUGCUGAUGUUGGAGCCGGUUAGCGAACCCCGGGAGUGCAGAGUGUGGAGCGUGGGGCGCGCGGGCUGUGCACGCUUGAACGGGCGCCCGGGCCAGCGCUGUCCUAGCCAGAGAGAAAGGACACUUGCCAACAAUGAGACACGAAGCUCCCAUGCAGAUGGCCUCUGCCCAAGAUGCCAGGUAUGGACAGAAAGACUCUUCUGAUCAGAACUUUGACUACAUGUUCAAAUUGCUUAUCAUCGGCAAUAGCAGUGUGGGGAAAACAUCCUUUCUGUUUCGUUAUGCGGAUGACUCCUUUACAUCUGCAUUCGUCAGCACAGUUGGGAUCGAUUUCAAAGUAAAAACAGUAUUCAAAAAUGAAAAGAGAAUCAAGCUUCAGAUUUGGGACACAGCAGGCCAGGAAAGAUACAGGACUAUCACCACAGCCUAUUAUCGUGGGGCCAUGGGCUUUAUUUUAAUGUAUGACAUCACAAAUGAAGAAUCUUUCAAUGCGGUACAAGAUUGGUCAACUCAAAUCAAAACCUACUCUUGGGAUAAUGCCCAGGUUAUCCUGGUUGGCAACAAAUGCGACAUGGAAGACGAGCGGGUCAUCUCAACCGAGAGAGGCCAACGCCUAGGAGAACAGCUUGGAUUUGAGUUUUUUGAAACAAGUGCCAAGGAUAACAUUAAUGUCAAGCAGACAUUUGAGCGCCUUGUGGAUAUCAUCUGUGACAAAAUGUCAGAGAGUCUGGAGACCGAUCCAGCCAUCACUGCCGCAAAGCAGAACACAAGACUCAAGGAAACUCCUCCUCCGCCGCAACCCAACUGUGGUUGUUAAUGUCCCUAUGCACAUAGGCAGCUCCUGGGGGCCCCAGUUGCCAACAAACAGCAUUUAUAAAUGGUCUAUUAGCCUUUAUUUAUACUGCCUAAUAAUUAUUUGAAGGAAGUCUUUGAUGUCAAUGGCUUAUCCAUGCGUUCAAUUCUUGAGAGAUUUCCUGUGUUAAUACGUGGCAAAUAUGUGAUCUUAAAUUUGUAAGGACUAUUCAUCUAUAAACAUCUGGUACUUGCAUGUGACUU